UACCAGCACCUACGGACCAACAUGUGUGCCCAAUCAUAAAGACGCUCAUAUGUAGGUAUGUACAAUGGCAUGCAUAUCACACAUGUCUCAGCCGCCUGCAUCACACCGCUCACGCCACUCUGCGGCUGCCAACAACCACCUUGUUCUUCAUUCCACAGAGGGUUCCACCGCCUGUCUUGACACACCUGGCCGCACUCUCCUUCUGCACCUUCAGCAGCCGAUCAACAUUGGCAAAUAUGUCUCGAGGCAUCCGAGCGCGCCCAUUCGGCCGCUCUCUGUCGUCUUCCUGGUGCGACGAAGACGAGGUGCUGGAGACGGCCUCUUCUGUCGGUGACGCCUCUCUCUGCUUCAGGCGAGCAUUGAGGUCAAUUUCGGUGCCGCAGGGGCCGGCCUUUUUCAGUCUCCAUGCAACGAGCCGGUCCAGCUGCCGAUGAUAUCGACGCAAUACACUCUCGCUCCUGCAGUGAUUGAAGAGACACACAGGGAGACACGGAUCGAUCAGCAUCCGCCUGGCCGGCCACUCUGUCUGACCUGGAUCUCUGCAAAGUUUGUUCCUUGUGGUGCCUGGCGAUGGGCGAGUACUCCUCCAUUGCGAUGCCGUCAUCCCCUUCCCACACCUCCGUCCCGGCCAACGACGACGCAAAGGACAUCCGCCGCUGAGCACCGCCCUUGCGCAUGGUUCUCAGCCAUGUCUUGAUGCUCCGGAGGAUCAGCUGUCCCUCCAGGUCCAGCUCUUCGUUUGUCUUCUUCACGCGUGCGAUCUCCUCUUGUCUCUUACGCCAUUCCUUGAGGACGAUUGAGGGUCCGCCCUGCGAGUAGCCUGGGGAGCAUUGGGCGAGGUCCAUCUGAGAGAGGAUGUUGGUCACCUGCUCCAUCACCUCUCUGAAGGCCCGGCCGAGACCCCCGACCUCCACAUACUUUGAUGGGAUCUUCUCGAUGAAGGUCUCGAGCAUGAGGAGCACCUCGCCAAUGCGCUCCGGCUCGGUGAUCAGGUGCAUGUCUGCCAAGAUCUUCUUCCACUGCUCCAGCUCCCGUGCGGCUUUCUGCUGCCGAUCCCCGCCGUCAUCUGAGUCCUCGUCGCUGCUCUCCUCAUCUAACUUGUCUCGCCUGGGGCCCAGUAGCGAUUCUGUGUCCUUUGAGGUGGCGAGUGUCUUGGCCUCGCCGUGAUACCCUGAUAAGCUCAGCUGACGUACCAUGCUUUCGGGCAUUGCCUCCUCUUCGCUCUCCCUCCUGCCGGCUGUGGAUGGGGGGGGCAGCGAUGUGUGAGACACCUUAAAGGGCAUGUUUCUUCUGUCUUACCUGGGGCUUUUGGUGCUGGUUUGGUGAGCUUGAUGGCGGCAGGCUUUGGUGUGGUGGAUGCCGGCGAUGCAGGUCGAUACACAGACACCCUCGUGGUGGCCUUCCGACCCUUCUUGAGCUCAUGUGAGACGCCACUUGGCGCAAGCUCGGCUUUCCUGCACACAUGGUUGAAGAUAGUAGGGAAACAUCCAUCGAUAGCAUGUCUUUCUUCCUCCCUCCCUCCGUACUGUGCAUUGAGGCUGAGUAUGAAAGUGAUGCUUUUGAGCUGCGCCUCGGCGACCGACAGGCGAUGGGCGUAGACGCUGUAGGCCUCUGACUCCUUGACGCUCAUCAUGUCCACGCUCGACAGGCCCCUCGUCAGCGCCCUGCGGAAGUCUCUGUCUCUGAACGUAGGCGGCAUGGCACUGCUGCUGUCGGCCUUGCUUAGCCCGCGAGGCUCCGUCACGCCUGCCAGGGCUGCCGGCGUGAAAGGCAGGAGCCCUGGCAUCAGCUUGAAGGUCGGCAGCUGGAUGCUCGGGUCAAAACACUGCAGCAGCUCCUCCAGGUCCUGAGUAACACGAAACAGGGGUAAGAUAUCAAGGUUGCGUACGCGAUAGGUGUGGAGGAAAGGGGAGGGAUUGCGUGACCUUGAUGCUGACAGGCCUGUUGUGGAGGGCCUCUUCCUCUUCUUCUGCGAGCAGCCUCUCCCGAUCGCCCAUAUGUGCCCAUGCAUCCCUCUCGGCAGCCUCCCGCUCCUGUUGCAAACGGACCUUCUCCAUCUCUUCCAUGAUCCUCUUCUCGUAGAUCUGUAAGCAAGAGACACAGAAAGGAAAAAUGAAUGAAUGAAUGAAUGAAUGGUGGAAUGGUUGAAACGGACGAGACGCGGUCUUUACUUUUGACAUUCGUUGCUCGUGUGCCAGUCGCUUCGCGGCUUGGUCCUCAAUGCGCAUGAGCUCUUCUUCCUUCUUCCGCUUCCCCUCCUCCUGCUCACGAAACACGGCCUCCAGUGCGAGACGCUCUCUGAUGACAGACAAAGCACAGACACGCGUAACAAGUGCCCAUCGUCUGAGUGGAGCUUUUGGCAUACGCGGCCAGUUUCUCUUCAAGCUCCUUCUCCUGGGCCUCCCUGCGUUGGCUCUCGAGGUCAGCUUGCGUCAUGAGGCGCUGCUCCAUGGCCUCGUUCUGGGCGUCCCUUUCCCUCUCCAGCCGCUGCUGCUCCUCCUGCUCAGCUUGCAGCUGGGCCUCACGCUUUAUGCGCUCCUUCUGCUCCAGCCAUUUCCUGACACACACACACACAAUGGAGCCAACCCGACGUGAACAAUAGGGUGUCUUCUCGGCUUGCAGAACUUUCUCUCCUUACUUCUCCUUGGCCCGUCGUUUCUGGCGAACCUCGUCCUGGCGGAUCUUCUCUUCGGCCUCACGCUCAGCCUCGAGGUGCCUCUCCUCUGCAAUCUUGGCUUGCCUCUCGGCCUCGCGACGUUCUUUCCCCUCCCUGGCCCUCGCCAGCUCCUCGGCGAUCGCCAACUCCCUCGCCCUCUGUGCUUCUGCUUCUUUGGCAGCCUUGUCCACUAAGUCAGUGGGCACCUCGGUCCCCUUUUGCUCCUCCCCGUCGAUGAAGGCGUCAUCGAAGCCGAUGCGAGACAUGUGGCGAGAGGUGGCACCGGAAUAGGAUGUGGGCGAGUACGGAACGUAGGCCUCAGGGGGAAGCGACGACUCGGCCCCCGAGAAGGAGCGUUGGUACGAAAUCCGAGACUCCUUGGUGCCGCGACGGGAGAAUCGAGGCAAAGACGACUGGGCGCCUUCACGUGAGCUGGCGGGGGAGCCCUCACGCGACCUGUGGAGCAUGACGUCCGUCAAAUGCUCAAGGCGAUCGUCCCUCGCAGCGAAUGAGAUUCCCUUUCGCAGCCUCCCCGCGCUCUUCUGCGCGUCCUCUGCAGCAGCAAUCUCGGCCAGCCGUUCUUCAGCCUCCUUCGGUCCGAAUGCCUCCUCAGCUUCUUCAGGCGGCUUUGGGCCGGGCUUUGCUUUCUCGCCUUUGCCCGGUUUCGCUGCCAUAGGUUUUGCCUUGGGGGACGGGGUUUUGGCUUUGGGUGAGGGCAGCUUCGGGAUGUCUCGUUUGCCGGUCAGCGACUCACGCUGUGGAGACCCUUUCUUGCUCUGCGCCACGACUGCGGUGGCCGCUGUCUCCUUUGCAGGCCCCUCACCAACCUCUUGCUUUCCUUUGGCGACUGAUUUGACGGCCGACGAUUCAUGCCCCCCCUGCUGCAGCACCUUGCCUUUCUGCUCGGCAGGCGUCCUCUUGGUCAAUGGCGGCGCUGCUUUAGGCGAUGAUUCGUCCCCUUUCUGGAAGCCAAUGGCAUGCUGCUCCUGCGCCUUUGGCCUUACUGCUGUUGUCUUCUUGCCGGGAGCAGCUGUGAUCGGUGCUGGUUUCUCGAGAGAGAGAGGCUCGGGGGCUUCGGGCUGCCCGGCGACACCAGCCUCUGAAGGCGGCACCAAAGGUGGUUGCUCAGUCGGUUUGGCCCCGGAAUCCUCUGCUGCAGAGACUGCGGUUGGCUGGAGGGUGUCAACAAUCGCCGCAUCACCAUGGACAGCCAGUUCGACGUGAGAUGGCUCAGCACCGACGAUGGCCGCUGCUUCCUGUUCAGCUGGCCCAGGCGCCACCUCUUCUCUUGCCUCGUGUCCCACCUCUUCAGGGCCCGCUUCAGCUCCUUCCAGACUCUCGAUGGUCUGCGCAGUGCCCAAUCGUCGGCAGAUGAGCAUCUCUUCUACGUCUUCGUCACGCGCAAACCCAGAGGGAAACGACGAUUUGUGCCCCGGGCUCUCCUCACCCUCCCGUAGCGUUGAGGAUGUCUUCUGUACCACCACUCGGUCUUUGACGAAUCCACUGGUGACCGAUCUGCGAUGCUCGGUACCCGAGGACGCCUUGCUGUCGUGCUGCGAAGACACGGACGCCUCUUGAGAGCCAGAAACAGCGGCCUGAUCGGCGCCUGACUUCAUCAGCCAGUCGCGGAACGACUCCCCGCGUCUCAGUACAUCGGACAUACGGGUCGCCGCUGUCUCAAACACCUGCGCCGCAGUCUUGUGAACUGCGGCCUGAUAUGCCGCAUCGACGGGAGGCUCAUACGCUGAAGGCGGCUGAGUGGUCGGGUUCUGGGACGGCCGUCUCUGACCGGCGGAAGGGGUGGGACCGACUGACGAAGCCAGCGGCCCCGCUUCAAUCGACCAUGCGGCCAUAGAGGUGUCUUCCGUCAUCAGGCUUCUCUCAAGAAUGCCCUCCAAAUCGACCAGACGCAUCGGGGCCAGCAGGGGAGGAGACGGGGGUUUUGGUGGCGAGGGUCCGGCGGAGCGCUUUAUCGAUCUGACACUUAUGAUGGAUGGUGUCAGAGGCCGUCGGGUGCCGUAUGAAGAGGGCCGCUCUGCAUCCGAUGCUGUCAUGGCAGAUGUGGGCCGCGGUGCGUCGCGAUCCAUCACCAAGGCAAGGGGGAUGGCCUGAGGGGUCGAUAUACGCUCGAACGAUCGGAUAGGCCUGCAACCAGGAACCAAUGGAACCUUCCAAUGUCUCUCUAUCCUUCCGCGUACUUGAGAGACGUGGGGGUGCUCGGUUGUCUCUGAGGCAGCUCAGCUUCACGAUAAGACCUCAGCGGCAUCGCCGCGCCAGACUGCUGGUACGCCAAGCUCGACACAGACUUAUCCGACGACACGUCACCGAACUUAGGCAUCGGCCGGAAGGACGAUCGCAUUCCGGCAGGCGGCGGGCGUGGCUUGCGCGUUUUCUUUGGUCUGGGAACGGCCGGGGGUGUGCGUGCUCUCCUGGCCUCACGGCUGCGCUCCAUCUUGACGAGAGUCAUAAUCUGCGCAGCAACUUUGGUGUCUUGCUUCGUCUCCACCGCCUCACUUUCAGUCAUGGACAGGGGGAAGCUCAUCAUGCGCCUUUUCUUAAUCUGCGGCUGGUCCAUUGCCUCCACUGCCUUACGCAAAGCGGUCACAUUAGCGCCGAUCGGCCUCUCGCCCUCAUCGGACUCUGCAGCCCUGCUGGGCUCUUCCUCUGCUACUCGAGGCUGUUCAGCCUUUCUUGCUGGCGACUUGCGAGCAGCAGUAUAGGCAGCAGGGUGGCACAGGAUUUGCCUUAGAGGCGCAUCGAGCCACUCCUUGUGCAGAUGUGGGUGUGGAGGGGGCCGCGCCGACGGGAGACCGUGCAGCGUCUUCUCCACAUCAUACUCUUCCACUAGCGCAUCUCGAUCAAGAGGGUGCUCCAAGCCGACGGUGUCCAUCGUUACGUGUUCGGGGCCUCGCUCAACGGCGGCAGGCGGGGCGUCGGGCACAGCUGGUGGGAGACAUGGGAGCGAGAUGGAUAUAUGGAGUGCCGCAGACUUGGCAUCCUCUUUUUCGCCUUCAUCGUCCUUCAGUGGCUUGAUGGGUGCUGCGGGCGGCAUUUUGGGAGGCGCCCUCUCGUGGACUUUGUCAUGCAGAGAGGCUGGCAGGGUUGAAAAAGAGGGGUCCUCGGCCACAGAGAGGUCCACGCGUUGGGGUGAAUUGAAGACGACAUUGACGGCUGCGGCAGCGCGUUGGAUGAAGGGGUGCCUCACGGUCGAGAGGGAGCUUGGAUGAGGGAGGCUCGGCUUGGCUUCCGCAAUGCGUCUCCUCUGCUGAUAGGUGAGGAAGGGGAAAAGCUUGUCAACUGCGUGCACGCCGACAUGCCGGCUCUCUUGCGUGACGGAGCAUGUCGGCUCCUCCCAGUCGGCGUCUCUCUGUGGCUGUGGCGAGGUAGACAGUAGCAGUCGCAGCCUCCGUUGCUUCAUCUCUGCCUGGAAAUGUUCCUCUCUCGCCUCGUCCUCCACCUCCAUUUGCAUCCGCUCCCACUGUCCCGUUACGGUGCCGUCGAUCGUCUCCAUCAUCUGCCGAACGUCAUGCAGUUUCUGCUGAGGGUCGAGCCGGUCAAACGUCCUCAGCUCAGAGCUCUUGCGCUUGCGGCGCGCGGACACGCGGGAGCCGAUGGGUGUUUGGCGGGCAGCUGUCGCAGUUGUGGCUGCUGGUGCUGCUGGCACUGAAACCCUGCUGAAGCCAGCUGCCAGUGUUGACUGCCUUCGGCCCGUUUUGUGCUCAGCAAUGACAGACAGGUCCGCAAAAGACUCCAUCGGCGUCAUCGUGGGCGUCUUGUCUGCCUUGUACUGUUUCUUGGACAUGGCUUUGAAAUUCUGUUUGGCGUAGCCCAUGAGCUGGGGGUACACGGCUGUGGGCUCCUCCCUGUCGGCAACGUCUGGAUGCUUGCGCUUCCUGGCCUGCAGCCGAUUGACGUGACGGGUGAGUGACGGGCGGGUGGGGAUGUCCUGUAGAUAGGUCCGGUCCUGGUCAUAUCUUAGCGGAUCGUGCUUUCGCAUCUCAGCCAUCCUGCGAAAAAAGUGCCUUCUCGCUAUAUGAGGGCAAGCUUUUUGUGCACAUCGGCCGACCUGCAAUGUGCUGCUUCAAGGUCACCCAUCUCAAUGGCCGCGGCGCUCUGCCCCAAGACGGGAGUUGUCGAGGGAGCGAAUAGCCGGAUUGUGCGCUGGUUGCUGCCAACAACCAGCGCCAUCGGGGCCUGAGGCCGACCCACAACCACCACUCCUGCAGUCAUCAACAUCAGAAACGCCACUUGUGUCUGAUGCGUACACCUAGUGACCUGUGAUCUCGUCGAUGGAUGUCAUAACUCGCAAGGGCAAGCCGUGUGGCGACCACAGAACGAUUGUACUGGGCGAGGCCGAGAACAGCAAGUUCCGGUGCGGGCUGAGGAACGACAGGCCCACCACCUCCAGUGCAUGAUACUUCUCAUACCACUUGCAGCCCGCCCUCCUGUCCAGCCGCUGCAUGGCGAUGUCGCCUGUGCUCAGCCCCAACGCCAUGGUCAUCCCACUUGCGUCCAUGAUCCACGCCGUAAAUCGAGGCGGCCCCGUCGCUGGUUUCGCCAGGACGGUGGCGAAUCUCGACGACGGGCCUUUGGAAGGCGGGAUGAGCGUCACACGCUGCAUCAACGUGAGAGACGGCGACCGCAGAGGCUCCCAAGGGGGCGGGCGCUCAAUCUGCCACAUGCAGAUGUCGGUGUUGUCGUGAAGGGUGACGAUUCUCCCAUCAUGUGUAGGGACGGGAGGAUGCAUGUGGGCCCUCUUGAAGUCACUUGCGAUGGGGACGCCUGACACCGUGGUGUCUAGAAGAGAUGGCGGGGCAGAUGAGGACCAGUCCACCCUCCCAACUCGCCGAAUAGCGCGGCACGGCCCACCCGUCUCCUCCGCGCCGACUGUCAAGAUAAGGAAUGCGCACCGCUGGUCAGGCGGAGGCGUGGGAAUCGGCUGACUGAAUGAUGACAGAGUGGCUGGAGGGCUGCUAGCGUCAUGGGAGGCCGAGUCCCGCGAGCACAGCAGAUAACCGGUGAAGCCUCCGGUAAUGUGCGAGGCGAGGAUGAAGGUCAGGUGCCAUUCGGUCACGUGGCCAGGCAGCACCGAGGAACCGAAAACGAAAGAGCCCUUGCCGCGUUGUCUCGGAUCGGGCAUUGCCAACAUGGGGGCGUCUGGCGCUUCAUCGGUGUCAUCCCUUGUGCCGUCGAUAAAGCUCCACGGGCGGCAGAAGCUCUCUGUAGGCGGGUAGAGUGGGAUGGCACAAAUAGCGUUCACAAAAUCUGCAGACAAGCACACAUAGGGAGGAAUGACGGACACCAUGUAGGCAGCGGCGGUUUCUGUAUUGAUUCAGUCAUACCCUGUUGGCCUGUCAGUCGGUAUGUGUGCUGUAGUGUCAGUCGCCUUCUCACGUCCUGUGUCUCCGUGACACCGUACACAUCGACGUAACCCUGGUGGGCAUGGGUCACGCAAUUCAUCUCAAUGUCGGCGAUUAGUGUCGAUUCAUCCUCAGGGAAAACCUCGCUGCUCGCUGAUGACGACGCAGACGACGCGCUUCGUGCUGUUGCUGCAAAGUACUGAUCAGUGGCAUUGCUUUCCGCCGAGGGGACUCGCUUGCGAGGCACCUUGGGCGAUCUCGGCGACUCGUAUUGCUGGGAGGAUGCCUGUGUCUGAGCGAACAGACGUGGCAAGCCAAGAAUGACGACAGAAAGACAGAUGAAGAAAAUUGACAUGUCGCUGCGUACAGUGAGCUCGUCGAUCAUCACGAAUGGCCCCUUUGACUCCCUCUGGCUGACGGUGGGCCCCGCUUUUGAUUUGCCUUUCUUCUUGUCCUCUUUGUCAAAGCUCGCUGGCAACGCAGGUUGCUGGAAGCGCCGCAAUGCGCCAGCAAAUCGCCGCUUGUGGCCGAGGUGCCGGUAGUCCGACGGGAUGGGCAGCUGCAGCAGCGAUAUGAGACCCUGGCGGACACCCGCCCCGCUAAGCGUCAUCAAUGUGACUGGAUCGAUCUGCGACGCGCGGCGGGGAUGCAGAGCACUUCGGUCCAAACAUGAUUGCCUACAGUAGCAUGCACGAGACACGCGGCCUAAUUAGACCUUGAGUUGAGGGGCAUGUCUGUCUACUUGUAUGCAGGUGUGUCACCAAAGGGGCGAGAGAGCCGUGUGGUCGGGCAGGAUGAGGGAGACAUCCCGGAACACACCAUGUGCCAGCUUCACAACUGUCUCGGCCAUCGUAUGGAUCUACAGACACACAGAAAGAGAUAGAUUGACCCAAUGUGCACACAGGGGUACAGCAAUCCAGUGGGUACUUGGACACAUUGCAGGGCCUUGUCGUGUGCCACGAUGAGGUACUGAAGCCCUGUUUGCGGCGAGCUGUCGGCCACCAUCCGAGAGAUGAACUUGUGCGACCUGCUGACGAGAUCGGCUGGCGGACGGGGCGUCUCUGACUCGGAGUCGGAGUACUCCUGACCACCCCAAGCAGACAGCAAGGUCUCGUUACACCAGAGAGAGUGGAGGGAAUGGUGUUUCUCACCGGCAGCCGGAAUCCAUCCACCAGACGACUCUGCACCAGGUUGCAACACAGCAGUGUGCCGUCGGCUGCAGCCACGCACAAAAGAACAGACAUGUUGUCUUCUGUUGAAAAGAAGAGUCAUCGAUACCGGUCAAGCAGAAGCCAUACACGCCAUAGAGAGGGUCCUCCACCCGCACGGACGUGAUAGUGACAUCUUCCUGCGUCUCCCGCCUCUCGUUGAAGAGCUCUCGCUGCCUCUCGUCCUCCGUCAUCAGGUUGACGGCAGUGCUGCUCUCCUUGCGAGUAAGGGCGAGGCCCAUCGAGCUCGCCUUACUGCCCGAGCGGCUCAACAGAGGGAUACUCGAUUCAUCCUGUGGUGAUGCAGGUUGUUGCUGUGUUUCUUCCUCCAUCUUGGAUGCAGUGGUUGUUUCUCUGAAUGUCUCCUCUCUCAUGUUGCAUCGGACGAUGCCCGCCACCUCCUGCAUGAAGGACACCUUGGCAAUGUUGAGGGCGGGAAACUGGGCGUGCGUUCGCACUGCAGCAAUUGCAGACCGCCUGAUAUUGCCGUCAUCCAUUUCUGUUUCGGCUGACCGUCUCUAUGGCUCCAGAUACGCCAUGCUUCGAGCGAGUCGCCGUGAGAUGCCACAAUGUGGAACGCUCUGUCGCAGUAGAGGCUGUGAAUAGGGCCAGAUGCCUGGAAGCGACUCAACACAGCGCCACUCGGCACGUCCCAUAUGAAGCCAGCGCCCAAGUCGUCCACACCUGUGAUGUUACAACACGAGGGCAAAUGGAACAUGUAUUUGGCUGUUUUGUCCGAUAAAACUGACCAAUGAUGACUUCGUGCAGGUCCGAGACGGCAAUGUGCUUGACCGGCGGACCGGCGGGAUUGAGCUUGAUCACAUUCAGCAGCCGCGAAGAUACGUCUCCAUAGGCGACAUUCGCUGUCUCCUCCCUCUCACUCUCGUUCUCGUCCACGGCGGCGUGUCUCAGGCAGUCCACACUGACAGCAGUGUGUUUGCGCUCUAGCCGCCAUAUGCGGAUGUGAUGCUCGCGUGAGAGGCAGCACACUUCGUGGCGCUUCUGGAACACGCACACCUCCCGCACGCUCGGCUGCCACUGAGGAUGCAUGUGUGAAGACACAUGCCAGAGAUGGCAGUCGCGUCUCCUCGUUUUUUGUCUCUUACCAAUGGGAAUUCGACGACGGUGCGCGGCAUUGGUGGCGAGCCGAUGGGAGGAAGGCCGACGUUGUUAGGAGAUGCGGUGAGCGUUUCAUUUGGGUUGAUAUCCCAGAGUACGGCGAGCGUGAUCGGGUGCAGUAUCUUGAUGAUGUUCUCCAUGUUGAUCACCAGCCUGGCCAACGAUUGCUCGAUGAAUGAAUACACGACAAUGUGACAGGUGUUCUUCUUGCCCAUUGCUGACCAUCCGUCAUUGAGGUUGAGGUAGCUGAUGGACCAGAAUGCCUUGUCCUUUGCCAGGAUGGCCUUCGCGCCACGACCACUGAACGAAGAAGAAACGGCCGCCCGAUGAUGUGUACAGACUGCGCGUUUCCUUAGAUUUCUUACGACAUGACGGUCCAUCUUCUGAGUCCUUUUUCGUUGUCAGCAUAGUUCCGCUUCACCUGGCGGGUCUUGACACACCUGCAGAAAGGAAGCGUGGUAUGAAUCUAUUACAUGUCAUUGACACAAAUCCGUCAAUGAGGUUCAUGGCUGACCAGAGGAUGAGUUCAUACAUGUCGGAGGAAAGCAGCAGCCGAUGGCGCUGAUGAUGGGGAGAACAGCAGACAUACUUACUACUGGAUCUGCUGUCUGUAUAUGCUUCUCUUACCGGAUUGAAUGCCAUGGCGACAAUUUUGUGUUUGUGUGCGCCCAGGGUGCCAUCGAACUGGAACCUCGGAUGAGGAGUGACGUCCUUCACACCAGACAUCACGAACAGCGG